AACAUGUUCGUGGUAGGCAGAGUCGAACACGCGACGCCGACCGCAGGGAAAGUGUGAACCGGGGUUUAAUACCGGCGUAUACACCGUUUCUAUAAAAUCUUCGAACACUAAUUUUGGUCAGGCCAUUCACUCCUUUCCUCACAUCAUCAACCAAAUCGUGGAAGUGCUUCAACAUACAACAAGGUCAGUGGAUCGAAUCCAAGCAAGACCAUGGAUCAGCAGGCCAAUGGUACGGGCAUGGGCACAUGCACAGGUAGCGAUCCUCUCUAUCCUCCUCCUAGUGAUAAUAACCAUGAAUUUUCUCCUCCGCCUCCUCCACCGGAGGACCAUCCCUCCCACGCUGCACCUCCGCCGGACGAUCCCAACGACUAUUCUUCCCAUUACGCGCAAAAUCACUUUACAUCCGAGGAAACCGCCCAGGGCGGCUUCUACCAGGAACCAGGGUAUUCCCAGUACCAGCAGUCCCAAGAACCAGCGCCUCAGGGGUACGGGCAAUACAACCAAGGACAAGAAAACACUCAAGGAUAUGAUCAGUACCAGGGUUAUAACCAAUAUCCAAAUCAGGAAACAGCUCAAGCAUACACACAGUAUCAGGGGUAUGCACAGUACCCGGAGGCUGCUGGGGGCUAUAGUCAGUACCACAACCAGGAAACGGCCGAUGGAUAUGCUCAAUACCAGGACCAGGUAGCUGCCGAAGGAUAUGAGCACUAUCAAAACCAGGAAACCGCCGAUGGAUACGCUCAAAACCAGAAGGCGGAAACCACUGAUGGAUUGGAUAACGGCCAGGAAAAAAUCGAAAGGUAUGGCCAGAACUCUAAAUCGGAAACAGCGGAAGGUUAUGAACAAUACCAGAAAGAUCAUACUGCUGAAGGAUAUGAACAAUACGAAACUGCCGAAGGAUAUGCGCAGUACGAGAAUCAGGAAACUGCCGAGCCAGAGUACCACAAACAGGGAUCAGGGCAGGGUUAUUCUCACUACCAGAGUCAGAACAAUGCAGAAAACCCUAGUCCUAACCCUAAUCAAGAGGAAGUUGUCACCUUAAAGGAAGAGGAAGCCGCCGUUAGUCGCGAGGGUGUAGGGAGCAGUUAUCCAAAUCCUAAUGAUGCCGACAAAGAGGGAAGUUCGAAUCCUGUUUUGUCUGAGACGGCAGAUAAUAGAGGUGAGGGUUCUGGCCUAGCUGAAACUACUCAGGGCGGUGGACCUUCUCGGUCGGCAGAGAUUAGCAGUGGCAGGAAACGUCGGUCUAGAUGGGCGCCUCAGCCAGAAGGGGAAGGCGAGACUCAGGACAGCGCCGGGUCUAGGAAAAGGAAGACCAGAUGGGCUGAGGAUCCGAAGCCGCUUUUGGGAAUCCAGCUUCCAGGGUUUGUUAAAGAGUUAACUGGAGGUAUGGAACUUGACCCUGAGGUUCAGCAGCUGAACGCAAGGCUCAUGGACAUAAGUCGCUUAAUGCAGUCAGGGUUACCAUUGGAUGAUCGUCCCGAGGGCGCAAGAUCACCCUCUCCAGAACCUGUCUACGAUAAUAUGGGUGUAAGAAUCAAUACCAGGGAAUACAGGGCCCGUGAAAAGCUUACCAGGGAACGGCAAGAGAUUAUCUCACAGCUUAUUAAGAGAAACCCAGCAUUUAAGCCGCCCGCGGAUUAUAGGCCUCCUAAGCUUUAUAAGAAACUGUAUAUUCCUGUGAAAGAGUAUCCGGGGUACAAUUUUAUUGGGCUUAUAAUAGGCCCUAGGGGUAAUACACAGAAGAGAAUGGAGAAGGAAACGGGGGCUAAGAUUGUUAUAAGAGGCAAGGGUUCUGUGAAAGAGGGCAGAUUGCAGCAAAAGCGAGAUCUGAAGCCAGAUCCUUCGGAGAAUGAAGAUUUGCAUGUUUUGGUAGAGGCUGAGAAUCAGGAUGCUUUGGAGAAAGCUGCAGGCAUGGUGGAGAAACUCCUGCAGCCUGUGGAUGAGGGUUUGAAUGAGCACAAGAGGGCACAGCUGAGAGAACUUGCGGCUUUGAAUGGUACAAUAAGAGAUGAUGAGUUCUGCCGUCUUUGUGGUGAGCCGGGGCAUAGGCAGUAUGCAUGCCCAGCAAGGAAUUCGGGUUUUAAGAGUGAUGUCUUGUGUAGGAUUUGUGGGGAUGGUGGGCAUCCCACAAUUGAUUGCCCUAUGAAGGGAUCUGGGAAGAAGAUGGAUGAUGAAUAUCAGAACUUUUUGGCUGAAUUGGGUGGUGGCACGCCGGAGUCUAGUAGUAGAUUGGGGUCUGGUGAAAAUGGUCGACAGAAUCAGAUGUUGGCACUGCCUGGGCCACAGGGAGGAGGAAAUCCUCCAUGGGUUUCUGGAGGGACGGGGAACUCUGCUGGGCAGCAAGGGCUGCAGAAUAGUUUCCCAGCAUCUGGUCUGGGCUCAAAAUUUUCCAAGGAGCAUGAUGAUUCAAAUUUGUACAUUGGAUACUUACCCACCAAUUUAGAUGAUGAUGGCCUAAUACGACUGUUUUCUCCUUUUGGUGAAAUUGUGGCAGUCAAGGUCAUAAAAGAUCGUUUAACUGGGGCAAGUAAAGGUUAUGGGUUUGUAAAGUUUUCUGAUACAGCUUCAGCUGCACAGGCAAUUGUGCAUAUGAAUGGAUACAGGUUAGAGGGCAGGGUGAUGGCAGUCAGAGUGGCAGGCAGACCACCUCAAGCUGGUUUUCCUGGAGGCGGUCAACCCCCAAUUCCGGGUUCAUAUCUGCCUCCUGAUCCCUCUGUUGGAGGUUAUCCUUCCCAACAGUUUCCACCAGGGCCACCACCUCCAAAUCCAGUGGCAGGAAACAGAAUGGGUGCACCAGUUCCAUGGGGUCCUCCUGUUCCACCUCCUUCAUACAAUCCUUAUGCCCCUCCUCCUUCUAGACCACCCAACAUGUAUGGUGAACCCUUUGUACCAAUGCAAGGACCCCCACCGCCUGGUGCACCUUCUCAGAACAUGAUGCCUAUGCCACCAUAUGGAGGCCCAUACCCAGGAGCUCCAAUGCAAGGACCUCCACCACCUCCACCAUCUCAGAACAUGCCCCCUACUGAAAUGUCUCAAAGCUUGCCUCCUGGUGUGCAACCACAGAAUUUGCCAUCGCAGGCAUCAUCAAAUGGCGCCCAGGGUGGUCCUCCAGGUGCAAUCCACAGUAAUGCUGGAAGUACAAUGACAGCUGUGCCAGGCAGUGUCCAUGUUGGAGGUAUGCCACCAGCAGGACCUCCUCCUGUGUACCCUCCUCCUCCACAGUAUCAAGGCUAUUAUGGUGCUCCACCCGCUCCAAAUGGACCAACAGGUCCUACACAGAGCAUGGGUGGGACUCCACCACCUUGGGUAGCAAAUAGCAAUCCAGUUCCACCUACAUCAUCUUCCGAAACAACUUAUGCUGUUGAGUCAGAAUAUGAGAAAUUCAUGAAUGAGAUGGCAUCAUAGUGUCCUUUCAAAUUGAAGAGGUUUGAUGUUUCUUGGAGCAACGCUGACAUGAUUUAUAUUUAGAAUUCUGACAUGAGACUAUACACAGCUUUGGAAACUCACAUGAAUUAUAUUUAACCUUGUUUAUGGUGAGGAAUAAUUGUUGCAGAGCUGUCGAGCUACAACUAUGGAGUAAUUCAGUUUAUUAAUGGGGUUGUUGAGAUUGCUGAAUUUUUCUAAAAUCAGGUCACAUAUGGGGCUUGUGCCACUGCUUUCAUUAAUUUUAGGGGGUUGGGAGCCAGAUAUAUUCAAUUGCAGGCUUUAGUUGGAUAGCUUUAUUGUUUUUCUUAAAGGUGUUUUGGAUUUCUAAUAUUUUUCAGCCUGCAGUUUGGCGAAUGUGCCCUUGGGAAUAGUAUUCUACUAUCAGAAGCAGAUUCUAGUUUCAAGUAUAUUAUAACACUGCUAUGAUGUAUAUAUGGCACUAACUUGAUGUUGUGACCAGGUUCUUUAUUACCCUUCCUAUUCUUAAAAUUAAUUGCAUCAAGGUUUGUGGUA